AGUCCAAGUCCAAUGUGUGCGAUUGAUCCGUGGUCCAUAAUUCAAGAAAUUUGAUUCCAUCCAGGAAUUUCACGCGAUCUGCCAUUCCUCCUGCAUUUUGGAGAGUUUGUUCUGGGCUGCGUUUUGAUUUUGUAGUUUUGAACAUAAUCUGACAAAAAUGGCGCUUUUCCGUCAUGCUGCCACGAAGUCUUUUGGCUUGCCGUCGAUGCUGCAGAACAACGCGAACUUUCCAAAGGUUGUACGAGGUCUGGCUGCGCAGUCCGGGAAAGACAAGGAAUGUUCUGGCUCCACGAAUCUGAAAGAAGUACUGGCUGCCAAAAUUCCUGCACAUAAUGCGAAAGUCAAAGCCUUCCGUACUGCCCAUAAUAACACCAAAGUGGGAGAAGUCACCCUUGAUCAGGCCUAUGGAGGCAUGAGAAGCAUCAAGAGUAUGGUAUGGGAGACAUCCGUGUUGGAUCCGGAGGAGGGCAUCCGAUUCCGCGGCUAUACUAUCCCGGAGUGCCAAGAGAAGCUCCCCAAAGCGCCUGGUGGUAAUGAACCGCUGCCUGAGGGCCUAUUUUGGCUGCUAUGCACUGGGGACAUUCCCAAUCAGCAGCAGGUUAACUGGGUUUCCAAUGAAUGGGCCCAGCGCGCAGCUUUGCCAUCGCAUAUUGUUAGCUUGUUGAACGGAUUUCCGUCAAACUUGCACCCCAUGUCACAGUUCGCGGCAGCUGUUAUUGCGCUCCAGAGUGAGAGUAAAUUUGCUAAGGCGUACGAAGCCAAAGCUCACAAGAGCACGUACUGGGAGCAUGCCUAUGAAGACUCGAUGGAUUUGAUUGCCAAGUUACCGGCUAUUGCUGCAACGAUCUACCGUAAUCUGUUCCGUAACGGCAGCAGCAUUGGUGCGAUUGACGAAAAGAAAGACUGGUCGGCAAAUUUCUGCAAGAUGCUGGGCUACAAGGAUGAGAAGUUUAUCGAGCUGAUGCGCUUGUACCUGACAAUUCACAGUGAUCACGAGGGUGGCAAUGUCUCAGCUCAUACGUCUCAUUUGGUGGGCAGCGCUCUGUCGGACCCUUACCUUAGUUUCGGAGCGGCAUUGUGCGGUUUGGCUGGCCCGUUGCACGGCCUGGCUAAUCAGGAAGUAUUGGUCUGGUUGACAAAAUUGAACGAAGAUCUCGGUGGUAAAAACGUGACAGAUCAACAACUUACCGACUGGAUCUGGAAAACCUUGAACUCAGGACAGGUGGUGCCCGGCUAUGGACAUGCAGUACUCCGCAAAACAGACCCUCGCUAUACAUGCCAGCGAGAAUUCGCCCUUAAGCAUUUGCCUAAUGACCCUAUGUUUAAGCUGGUUUCGCAGCUGUACAAACUAGUACCGGACAUUUUGCUGAAACAAGGCAAAGCAAAAAAUCCUUGGCCGAACGUUGAUGCACACAGUGGUGUACUUCUGCAGUUUUAUGGAAUGAAGGAGAUGAGUUACUACACCGUUCUUUUUGGUGUGUCUCGGGCACUGGGUUGUUUGUCUCAGUUCAUCUGGAGCCGUGGUAUGGGCCUGCCUUUGGAACGUCCGAAAUCUUUGAGUACGGAAGGACUUAUGAAGUUGUGCAAAUAUACGGAAGGAGAUACGCCUCAGCCGCAGAAAUAAUCAGUUUGUCGAAAUGACCGAAAUUGCAGCCAGAAUGCAACGGCACUUCACGGAAGUUGGUGUUACUGUUAUCAAUACUUUAUUGAGAAGUUUCCCUUCUAGAACUAUUUAUUGUGUUUAAGGUACACGAAGUAGCGUCCUGUACUUUGUAGUUUUGAUUGUAUGGUCCCCGCUCGUUGGCAUAGGCCUUAAUGGCACCGUGACACUGAUUGAAUAGUUAUGAUCUUGAUAAAAUAUUUAUAAAAUAAAAUCCGCGCUUUG